AUGUCUGAAGGGGAAGAAACAUAUGCAAACGUUGCUCUUAGCGACGUAUCAGAUAACGAAGAAAUAGACGAUAAUAUGGCUUUGUCGGGUGCCCCUAUUGUAUCUACUGUGUUGGAUGUACCGUCUAACAAAGCCAUGGGAAAUGGUAUACCAUUGUUAAUGCCCGAUGGAAAGAAAGGAGGUUCUGACCUUAGGAACUUGGCUAGUGCUAAUUUCUCAUCUGAUUCAUUGUCAGGGAAUCAGUCCCCUUAUUUGAAUAAUGGUUUUACUCCAAUGUCACCUGUGGGGAGUAAUACUAAUAAUGGUGGUUUAUUAAGUCCAGCCCAAGUUGCUACAAAUUAUCAUUUCAGAAGAUACUCCAAUUCAUCUAUUAAUGGAUCUCCAGCUCCCCAACCUAUGUAUAAUUCUCGUCCAAGACCAAAAUCAGGUAUGUUUACCAUGGAUACUAAUCAUUAUACUAUAUCAGAGGAUGAUCAUAUGCCAUUAUCACCUGUCAUAAAUGUUACUGAUUAUCGUACGUCAUUGCUGGCUAAUGGUCUGCAAUCAUAUUUAUCAAAAUCACCAUCAAGAUCAUCAUCACCAACCAGAGCUGGGCGACUGGUACGAUCCAAGUCUCCAGUCAGACGUUCAGGAUCACCAACUAAAGCACAACCAUUUAAUUUCAAGCCUCAAGAAAUGUUUUUGAAUCCAAAUGGGUCAUCUCAUUCGAUUCUGUCAAAACCAGCCCAAAGAAAAGGUCAUAGAUAUAAGACAUCUUCUGUUUCCAUGAACUUAUUCCAAGAACCUCCUCCAGCAUUCACAAGUGAUGCAGUAACUAUUCCUGAUCUGUAUCCUAUACCUACAUUCAAAGAAUCAAUAGCAUAUAUUAAAGGUAAUCAAAAAUUAAGAUUAAUCUGGUCAUUAUUUCAUUUCGUAACUGCCUUGGUGGUAUUCAUUAUUGGAUUCAGAUAUAAAUUAUCAUCAUUAUCAACAUUAGCUCAUCUUAUAUUUUAUGAUUCACUUGGAUCCUCAGUUAUUGUAUUUGUUGAUAUCAUGUCAAAUUUCGAAGUAUGGAAUAAAUCAUCAAUAACUUAUCCCUUUGGAUUAGGUAGAGUCGAAGUAUUAGCUGGGUUUGCAUUAAGUUCAUCCCUUAUAAUGGUUGGAUUUGAUCUUUUAAGUCAUUUUAUUGAAGAAUUCAUGGCAUUAUUGGUGGUUGAUGAUCCCGAAACAGUUGAACAUCUGUCACAUCAUGUCCAUGGUGAUCAUGGUAGUGAAGUGAAUUGGUUUGUUUAUAAUUUCACGUUAAUAGCUGUGAUUGGAAUCACACUUAUCAGUUCAAGUUAUAUACUAGCCUACGAUAAAAUUAAUGAUAUGAUAUCAUCAUCAGAUGAUAUAAAUACAUCUAAAAGUAGUAUUUCAAUCGAAGAAAAAUAUGAUAAAAAUACCAAUUCCAAAUUAUAUAAAUAUCUCAGAAUAUGGACCAAAAAUCCAACUCAUUUCCUAACCCUUUGCUAUUCACUUUAUUUAUUCAUAUCACCUUUGGUCCCAGAUGGUGCCUUGGAAGCAGUAUCAUUUGAUCUUAAUGAAUUAGCCACGUUGGUGGUUGCUUCCAUGUUAAGUUACACUGGUUGGAAGCUUGUUAAAUCAUUAGGUGGGAUAUUAUUAUGUUCAUAUCCCUAUUCUGAUUACGAUUAUCGUGUGCUUAAAUCAGUGGUUACAGAUAGAAUAUUAUCCCUGGAUGCUUACAAAUUCACAUAUUCAAUCGAUUCGUUAUUUGUGACUAAAUUUAAUUAUGAAUUAUUUGUAGUAGGUGUACGAAUCACUAUGAAAGGAGCUGAUGUGGAUGAAGAAUCGAGACUUCGUUUUCAAAUAAAUAAAAUCAUAAAAGAAGAAAUCCAUACGUUAGAUCUUAGUGGGUCUAGAAAUGAAAUUGAAAUCACAGUAGAUAUAAAUAGAUAG